GUUUAAGCAUGAGUAUUCACUCCCUGAGUCUGAGCUGAGCAUGUUUCUGUCAGUGAAGCACUCUGCUAUGAUACAAUGAUUUAUGACAAGGCUCUGAUGGACAACCACACAACCUGUAACUAACCCAGCUGAUUCCUUCAUUUUCACAGUCGAGAACUUUACACUAAAGCUUCCAGAGAAAAGAUUUAUGAACCGCAGCCUGCCAAUAGGAUUCAGGUUGGGUUGUCUCAGGGGAGUGGAAUACAGAGUUGAUCAACAUCUUGGAAGGAGGUUUCAGCAUGUUCAGGCAGGACACGCAGCCUCACUCUGCCUUUACUUCAUUCUGUGAGGCAACCUCUGAUCACCUCCAAUAGCUAGAAGUGCCUGUCACGGAGAAUAGUUCUUCUGUCUUAUCCUGUCGAUGGAUCACUGGUGGGCUGACGCUGAAUGAGAAUGCAGGACAAGUCCAAUGGGGAUUCUCAAGAGAGGCCAGAGGUGGAGGUCAGCGAUGACCAAGUUAAGCAACCUAAAGCAGGUAGCAGGAAAGCAGUCCGGCGGAGAGCCUUCACCAGAUGGAUAAAUGCUUUGCUGGAUAGCUGUGAUCCACCAGUCGAAGUGCACGACCUGUUCAAUGACAUUCAGGAUGGCAGACUGCUGAUGGCUUUGCUGGAGGAGCUCUCUGGUUACAAACUGCUCUACAGGUUCAGGUCAUCCUCUAACCGCAUCUUCAGACUGAACAAUAUUUCCAAAGCCCUGGCAUUCCUGGAUGAUAGACAUGUGAAGCUGCUUGGCAUAGAUGCCUCCAGUGUUGCUGAUGGCGUUCCUUCAGUUGUUCUGAACCUUAUCUGGAACAUCAUCCUGCAUUUCCAGGUAAAGGAGGUCACAGGAGGCCUCCAGAAGCAUUCGUCUUCUAGCCUCUCUUCCUUAUCAAUGAGUCCCUCCUCCUCUAGCGACCUCGUGCCCCAGCUGAAUGACUUAAACAGCCACUCUUGCAGCACCCUGCACAGUGAAGGCAGAAUGGCCUCCAGAAAGCCAAAGUAUCAUGGGAAAGCAAUCAAGACGCUCCUGCAGUGGGUCCAAGGAUGCACGUUAAAGUUUGGAGUGGAGGUGCGUGACUUUGGGAAAAGCUGGAGGAGUGGGCUGGCAUUCCUGGCUGUGAUUAAGUCGAUCAACCCAGCCUUGGUUGACCUGAGGGAGAGCCUGGCUCGAGAGCCAAGAGAAAAUGUUCAAUUGGCUUUCAAUAUAGCUCAUCACAGUCUGGAUAUACCACCCCUGCUGGAGCCUGAUGAUGUGAUGUGUUCCUCACCCGAUGAGAAGUCCAUCAUCACAUAUGUAUCUUUGUUCCUGGAGCAUUUUGCAGGUGUAGAAGAGGGUCAAAAGGAAGAUACUGAAGUUGAAGGGAUACCAAGUUUUGGAUCACUUGAGUCAGUCACUUUGGGAGACAUCCCUGCCGAUGAGUCAGAAGCCAAAGCUUUGCUCAAAGGCUUUGAGAGGAGCAGUGAGCAGAGACUGUGGAGACGCUGGACCAGAAGGCACCCAGGGAGCUCUCGUACCACCUCGCUUCAUUCAAGUGGAGCAGUUCCCUCUGACCUCUCCUCCAGCUGUGGUGACAUCUUUUCAGCUUGUCGGAGCCAAGGUGUCACUGAACAGCAAACAGGCAGUCCUACAACCUCGACAUACACCAAAAAGAGACGCAAAAGUGUUUUAAAGCCACCCAGUCCACUGGAUGCAGGCAUAGCCAGCCCAGAGAUCCGUUCAUGGAUGGAGAAAGCUUCCACAGGUCAGAGUUACAGCAAGCCAAGAGUGGAUGAAAGUCGCUUUUCUUUGAGCUCUGAAGAAGGGAUCUACAAUUUGUCAGCACUGGACUCAGAUGAAGAGGAGGCCUACAACUACAUCCUGCAGCUGAAUAAAGAAGAUGGUCAGCCUCAGACGAAAAGGCAAGUACCAAGAGUUGAAGAGGAAACUGCAGAAGAAAUGUUCCUGAAUGGACAGCAGGCCGAAGAGUCAAACCUUAUGGAGGUACGUGACAAUCUAACAGGCAGUGGAUGCAAACAUCAAGAAGGCUCUCCCACACAAAAUGUUGAGGUGGUAGUAAGGGUCGAGUCAUCGGUUCAGCAGGAAUGUAGUAGAGACAAAUUCGAGAGCAGUCCAAAAGAGAUGGUGAACAACGGAGCAGUGUUUGACAUGGAACCAGAGGACAAAAGCACAUACAGAGAGGGCCACUCAGAGGACAGAGUUGUUAGGGCACAAAGUAAUGAUGAUGCAGGUUAUCUUUAUGAGGUCAAGAGGGAAAGUGACAGGAGGGAGGGAAGGGAAGAAGACGAAGAACAUUUGAGACUAUUUAAGGAUAGGCAUCACAGGAGGUUAGGGACAGAAAAAGAGAAAGCUGAUGCAAAGGAGGAAGAGACAAGAAACCAGCCAAACAUUCUGAAUGUAGAAGGAUUCAAAGUAGAAGUAAAUCUAAAAAUCAUUGUUGACAAGCCUGAGUGUGAAGGAAGAGAAGCUGGUGCAAUUAGAAUGAACACAGAUGCUAAAGAGAACGGCAGCAAAGACAACACCUCCAGAGUGGAAGACUUACCUUCUAAUGAUGAAGACAAGGAUUCGAUGGAGACGGGAGAUGAGAAAGACUGGGAACCUCAAAUUAAGAGACGAACACUGAGGGAAACAACAAUUGACCGUCCUGGUAAAGCUACCCACAAAAAUGACACUAACGGAGGCGUGAAGGUCCAUGGUGAUGAAUAUAGUUGUACUUGUGCUGGCAGUGCAACUUCUCAGUCAUUCAGAAGAGGAGGAUUUAUUCCUCAAUCUUUAGCGGCCUCUUGUGGUAUAACCCCAUUAGAGCUGAAAAUGCUCUUGGUGCUGUGGAUCUUGAUCUACUGCUGCUUCAUCCUGCAAUUCAACCUCUGAGUCUCCCAGCAGUCCACCAUUCAUGCUGAGAUAUGCUUAUCGGUCCUGUUUCCACUACUGUGCCCAACAGGGAGGCUUAGGACUGAAUCUUUAUCUGUGUCCCUUAAUUUCCCCAAGGAAACAUUUACUCAUUUUUUUCUCACUGCCAGCAGACAUAAGUUAUCAUUUGGUCUCUAGUUUCAAACACAUUGUCCAGUCAGAGCCAUUAUGACUGCUCAUUUUUCCUAUGAUUCACAAAUUAUUAGACAUGUGUUGUGUGUUGUUUUACUUAAUUUAUAUCCAAAAUGCUCUGUUUUUCAGUCUCAGUUGGUGUUAUCAACCACAUGGUGGCAUUGCAGCAUCACAACAGCAGAUGUCUCACACGACAGAGUGGUUUUACAACAUUGUGUUUACUGCUGAGAAUCCCGUAUGACCUGCUGUUUAAUUAGAUGCUGUAUUGACAUGGUGAGAUUAAUCUCACAGUAUUUAAUGAGCACUUUGACAUUUGGCAAUCUCUCUAUGUGUCUCUGAUGGCUUCAACUGUAAACAGUUUCAUUGUUUUUAUCUCAUAAUGUAUUAUAGUUAAAGCUUGUCACUCUUUGGACAUUUCUGUGAGAUAUAAAUUGUAAAGCAUACUGUGUCAUGUGUGUUACGUUUGUUCCCACAGGAUAGACCCAGGGAUAUAAAAAC